AUGAUGGCCAGGGGCCUUCCUUUGCGCUCAGUCCUGGUCAAAGGCUGCCAGCCCCUCCUGAGCAAUCCCCGGGAGAGCCCGGGACAUCCCAAGGUGCCCACUGGUGAUGGAGCCGGCAUCUCCACUUACAGCCCUCGCCCCUUCAGUGAGAUCCCUUCCCCUAGUGACAAUGGCUGGCUAAACCUGUACCAUUUCUGGAGGAAGAAGGGCACACACAAAGUCCACUAUCACCACAUCCAGAAUUUCCAGAAGUAUGGCCCCAUUUACAGGGAGAAACUUGGCAACGUGGAAUCGGUUUAUAUCAUCGACCCUGAAGACGUGGCCCUUCUCUUUAAGUCUGAGGGUCCCAGCCCGGAACGAUAUCUCGUCCCCCCUUGGGUUGCCUAUCACCAGCAUUACAAGAGACCCAUCGGAGUCCUGUUCAAGAAGUCGGGAGCCUGGAAGAAAGACCGGGUGGUCCUGAACCAGGAGGUGAUGGCUCCAGAGACCAUCAAGAACUUCAUACCCCUGCUGGACUCAGUGUCUCAGGACUUCGUCAGCGUCAUACACAGGCGCAUUGAGCAGCAGGGCUCUGGAAAGUUCUCAGGGGACAUCAGUGAGGACCUGUUCCGCUUUGCAUUUGAGUCCAUCACCAAUGUCAUAUUUGGGGAGCGCCUGGGGAUGCUGGAGGAGAUAGUGGAUCCAGAGGCCCAGAAGUUCAUUGAUGCUGUAUACCAGAUGUUCCACACCAGUGUCCCAAUGCUCAGCCUCCCCCCAGACCUGUUUCGUCUGUUCAGGACCAAGACCUGGAGGGACCAUGCAGCCGCAUGGGACAUAAUUUUCAGUAAAGCUGACAAAUACACCCAGAACUUCUACUGGGACUUGAGACAGAAAAGGCACUUUAGCAACAACUACCCUGGCAUCCUUUACAGCCUCCUGGGAAGUAACAAGCUGCCCUUUGAGGACAUCAAGGCCAACAUUACUGAGAUGUUGGCAGGAGGUGUGGACACGACAUCCAUGACCCUGCAGUGGAACUUAUAUGAGAUGGCACGCAGCCUGAGGGUUCAGGAGAUGCUGCGGGCAGAGGUCCUUGCCGCCCGGCGCCAGGCCCAGGGAGACACAGCCAUGAUGCUGCAGUUGGUCCCGCUCCUCAAAGCCAGCAUCAAGGAGACGCUGAGACUGCACCCCAUCUCCGUGACUCUGCAGAGAUAUCUUGCAAACGACAUAGUUCUUCAAAAUUACAUGAUUCCUGCCAAGACACUGGUACAGGUGGCCAACUACGCCCUGGGCCGAGAACCCACCUUUUUCUCCAAGCCGGAGACUUUUGACCCAAACCGAUGGCUGGAAAAAGACAAGAACACCACCCACUUCCGGAACCUGGGCUUUGGCUGGGGUGUACGGCAGUGUGUGGGCCGGAGGAUAGCCGAGCUCGAGAUGACCCUCUUCCUCAUCCAUAUGCUGGAGAACUUCAGAAUUGAAAUCCAACAUCUCAGCGAUGUGGGCACCACGUUCAACCUCAUCCUGAUGCCUGACAGGCCCAUUGUCUUCACCUUCUGGCCCUUGAGCAGGCGCCCACCCCAGGCGUGA